CCGCGAUGGGGGACAAAAUGGACAUGUCUCUAGAUGAUAUCAUCAAGCUUAAUCGGAGCCAAAGACCGGCCGGAAGGGGCCGGGGUGGAGGACGGGGUGCUCGGGGCGGGUCGGCCCGCGGAGGAGCCGGAGGCCGAAUUGGUGGAGGCCGCGGAGGAGGAGGAGGAGGAGCGGCGGGAGGCGGAGGGCCUAUGCGGUCAAGGCCUGUCCUGACCCGCGGCGGAAGGAACCGGCCCGCACCGUACAGCAGGCCGAAACAACUCCCUGACAAGUGGCAGCAUGAUCUGUUCGAUAGUGGUUUUGGUACAGGCGCUGGUAUGGAGACUGGAGGAAAACUUCUUGUGUCAAAUCUUGACUUUGGCGUUUCUGAUGCAGAUAUUCAGGAGCUCUUUGCAGAGUUUGGUACUUUAAAGAAGGCAGCAGUACAUUAUGACCGAUCUGGGCGAAGCUUGGGCACUGCAGAUGUGCACUUUGAAAGAAAAGCCGAUGCUCUGAAAGCAAUGAAGCAGUAUAAUGGGGUACCACUGGAUGGUCGGCCCAUGAACAUUCAGUUGGUCACAUCACAGAUAGAAGCACAGAGAAGACCUAUACAGAGCCAAAGUAGGGGUGGUGGUAUCACUCGGCCACGAGGAGGAGCUAUAGGUUUUUCUGGUGCAAACAGGCGUGGCGGCAGAGGUGGAAAUCGGGGUCGUGGAAGGGGGGCUGGAAGAAAUCCAAAACAGCAGUUGUCAGCAGAAGAGUUGGAUGCACAGCUUGAUGCUUACAAUGCUCGGAUGGACACCAGCUAAUCCCUUCUGUCUUGUUCCUGUGAUGUUGCUUGCUCUGAAGAAAAAUGUCAACAGAUGGAUUUUUGUUUUGCUUUUAUUUCCCAUAGGUUUUAAGCUCAUGUAAAGUCUUUUUCAUUUUUUUUCUUAAUUUCUAUGUCCGAUGCAGACCUGUUUUGUACGGAGUUAUUUUGGGACAUUUUAUUGGUUGAAUGUUGAUGGUAGGGUGCUCUUCACCUUCCUCUAAUAAAAAAA